AUGGCGUCUGGAACCACACUAGGCAGCAAUCGGCUAUCCGACGAGACUGCCGGGCGUGCCGAAGAAGUCCCUCCAACCAAUCCUCCCCGCGGUGCCUGGUCGCCAACACUGAAUUAUUCUCCCGUCACCGGCUUCCCCGAGAAUGAUGCGAACACGUCUGGAAACGAUAGCCAAGAGCUUACAGACCUAGAGGAGCUUGAGGAGAAGAAGUCCGACCCGAACGACGACGAAAAGCCAACCGAUCCACAAGAGUCUGCAAAGAAGCCUGAUCUCCGUCUCAGCGUUCCGGAAGACGACGAGGAUGAUACUGACAGCUCCGACAUGGGAGAAGACAAGUUCACUCGGAGGCGCAAGCCUCGCGGUCAAGGUGCUGGUCCGCAGACUCCACCCUUGAACAGUAUCUGGCACCCUGCCACCCUCCAAGCUAAGAGCAACCGCGAGAAGCAGGAGAAGUGGCUGCGAAUCACCGGCCGCAAUCCCAAACUUCCCUACUACAAGGACAUGGACAUGACCGAGAUGCGAAAGGAGAUCUCUAAACUGAUGAAGCUGGAUGCCAAUCGGCGGGCACGCGGCCAGGUAGUGCAAGACAACAUCCAGGCUAAGGACGAGCUAAAACUGGCGCAGGAGCAAGUGGCGCCUUCUUUUCCACCGCAGAAACGCCCCCAUGACGACGGCCACGGCGAAGCAGACAAAGUCUGCGCGAAGAAGACCAGAAUCGGAACGCUUGCCGAAGCACAAGCUGCUCCACCAGUAGAGUCUACCGAGAUUGUGCUCGAGAUCGUGGAGGAGGACUCAACAAACGGUGGUGACGAGGAGCCGAAAGAGGGCACGGUAGCUUACAUCCGCCGCCAAAUGAACCUGAUCCAGCUGGCUGGUCGCGAUAGCUGGCAACUUGCAAACCGGAACGCGGAUAAGGACGAAGGCGCUCACAGUUUCGUCCCGCACUAUCCUGAGUAUUCGCAUAGCGACCCUCUUCUUAUUCUUCUCGGUGAUGACGGUAAGCCGCUCAUCGACGUGGAGACCCAGGUCGGUGUUCGGAAGAUUCUUCGCGGCCGCGGCGGACUCCUCACGAUGAUUCGCCAGGGACCGAAUGCGAUGAAGCGCAAGGAGGCCAUGAAGCUGUUCAAACAGGACUGUCGCGCUGUGGGCCGACGUGUGGCGAAAGCGAUCACUGAAGAAGGCAUCGACAAUAAGACAGCGGCCUGGGAAAUGGUGAAUGACAUGUUCACCUACGACAUUCCGGGUGCGGACAUCUAA